AUGACCAAGUUUGCAAAGGACUUUGCAAAGAAUAAGUAUGUUUGGGAUGAAACAUUUUGCUUGAUGGACUCAGAUGGAGAUGGUCUAACAAAUGGUGAUGAACUAGGAGACCCUUGUUGUUAUUGGUCGAUUGGACAGGGAGCUCCAAGGAGGUAUUUACUCUCGGAUUUGUCAGAUCCAUCUGAUGGAAAUAUUACUAAUAGAUUUUCAACAGCUGCCAACAUUUCAAUUGUUGAAAAUUUUGUGGCAAUACCAACUUAUUUUAGUAUUGAGCUGAGGUGGAAAUUAUCAAAUGAUACGACAAAUGUUAUUUGUUACUAUCAAAUACAAAUGUCAACUCUCAAUUCUUUGGGAUAUGUAACUGUAAUGUACAAGACUCACCAAGCUGAAACAUACACUAGAUUUAAUUUGGAUCAGAAUGUAACAUACAGUUUCAGAGUUCUUCCCUAUAACAAAUUUAAAGGAUAUAAUGCUUAUGGAGUUGGAAAACAAGCAAUAAUUUUUACCAAAACCACAACAGAUCCUUAUGGAACUGGAAUUGGUGAUAAUUGUCCUUCAGAGACUGUGAAAUGGUCAGAAUAUUUCCCAGAAUUAGUGAACUCUACCUAUUCGAAUUAUAGCACCGUAUCAAAUGAAACUGUAAAAUGUCCUUCAACUCAGCAAAUUGUCGAAUGCGAAAGUAGCUAUUCCCUUACCAUUUGUGAUUCAUUUAAUGACACUGAGGUAAAUUGUACAGAAAGAGUGGCUAUGAAUUUAACUGACAUUUGCAAUUUUACAGAUAGUGGAACAAAUUGUUCAUUAUGUGAGAUGGGGCUAAAUGGGCUUAAUACUACAAGUUUUACAAUGCCUUCAUGUUCCUUCUCUUUCGUUUAUUGUUCCAAUGAUUCAAUGUCUGAAAAUUGUUCAACAACCUACUAUGUUGAAAACAAUCCAAUAUGUAAAACAAGUUAUAAGAACACAACCUGUAAAACUCUUGCAUCUGCUUCAUUUGUGACAAUUCCAUCUGACAAGACAAUUAUUCUAGAUGUCAGCCCACCUAAAUUGGAUACAGUCAUGGUUUAUGGAUGUCUCAUAUUUGAUAAUAAUGAUUACGGAAAUGAAACUCUUGAUCUUCAAUUACAAAUGAACAGUAUGGUUGUUACUGGUUCUCUCCAAAUCGGUAACGAGUCAACACCAUAUCAACACAAAGCAACAAUCACUCUGUAUGGAGAGAAGACACCAUUGAGUGAUAAGGGUGUUGGUAACAAGAAUAUUGCUGUGAUGAGUGGAGGCGUCUUGAGUUUGCAUGGAAAGAGACAUGAGGUAACUUGGACUUUAUUGAAACAAUCAUCAAAAGUUGGAGAUAACAUCAUUUACCUCGCUCAAGAGACAUUGUGGGAUGUGGGUGAUGAGAUUGUGAUUGCAUCGACAGAUUAUGACUUGUAUCAGGCCGAGAGAAGAUUUAUCACCAGAAGAAUUAGUGGAACAGCUUUUGAAUUGCACUCACCACUUGUUUAUGGUCACUACGCUGAAACUGAAUACUACACAAAAGCAGAUGGUACGGUUGUAGAGUUUGACCAGAGAGCUGAAGUCGCCUUAUUGACACACAACAUUAAGGUGCAAGGAGAUGAAAGUAGUGAUAACAGCUUGUUCGGAUGUCACACUAUUUACAUGAGAACAGCCAAGUACAUCAGAUUGAAUAAUGCAGAAUUUAGGAGAUGUGGUCAGGCAGGAACUUUGGGAAGAUAUCCAGUUCACUUCCACUUGUUUAACAAUGCUUCAACUUCCUAUGUUAAAAAGUUAUCAAUCCACGACACCUAUCAGAGAGGAAUUACAUUCCACGGCGUGAAUAACUUACACGCUGAGGGUAUUGUUGCUUACAAUGUUUUUGGACAUACUUUCUUUUUGGAAGAUGCAGUUGAAGAGGGAAAUAUUAUUGAGAAUUGUUUGGGACUUGUAACAAAAGCCAUCCCAGACUCGAGAGCUAUUCUAAGUCCUACCAAUCAUGAUGCUUCCCCAGCAACAUUCUGGAUGACUAAUCCUCACAAUACUCUUAUCAACAAUAGAGCUGCUGGUAGUGAAGGUCAUGGAAUUUGGUAUCAAUUAGAACCUUACAGUUUAGGUCCAAGUAUGUCUCCUUACAUCCAACCCAGCAGAUGGUAUUGGGGAAAAUUUUACAACAACACAGUUCAUAGUAAUAGACAGCAUGGUCUCAAUUUAUGGCACGAUUUCUUUGUUUGUACCGAUCCUAGAUUAGAAAUCUUCCAAAAGAUUAGGUGUGGUAGUGCCGAAAAUCCUUGGGCCGUAGCCGAAUUUACAAAACUCGUCUCUUAUAGAAAUAAGGUACAAGGACAAUUUGCCUAUGUGCAAGGAGAAAUAGCCAUGAAGGAUAGUAUCUAUGCAGAUAAUCCUAUUGGUUAUACUUUCAAUGUGAUCAACCAAGACAAGUUCACAGCCAAAGACUGCAUUUUCAUUGGAGAGUCUGGAAAUAAGGGAAAUACUGGUAGUUGUGCUUAUGGUUGUUAUUCUUGUGGUAAUUACAAAAAUCCAAAUUCUACCUAUCACAGAUCCUAUGCAAAUUACAGAACCCAACCAAUUGUUGGUGUAGAAUUUCACAGAGACGGAAAACCAAUGACUUUGGACGGAAUUGAGUUUUUCAAUUUUGUUGAUAAUUGCAACAGAAAAGCAAAUGCUAUUAGUAUUAAGAAUGAUAAGAUGGCAAGAAUGGUUCAAGGCGAUUACCUCGUCAAGAAUUUAAAGUUCCACAACUCUAACGUCAUAUAUCUAUUGGUUGGUAAGAGUAAUGGUCUACACGAUAAUUACAAACACUCUAUUAUUAUCGAUCUAGAUGGUUGCUUAUCCUAUAACAUUACUGUUCCUGCCGGAUUCAAUAGAGUCAAUUCUAGAGUCAUUCCAGCAAACAAUAUUAUGGUAGAUUUUGAUAAGUGCUUUUACGUUUCAGCAUGGAAUGCAUACAUGUGUGACGAGACUGUAAAUUGGUCCAAGUUGGAGUUUGUCUCACCAGCUAUUACAAACUCUGUCGAUCAAACAAGAAUUAACUCUACAUCAAAUCUUCAAACUGAAAAUUUGUUGGGAGAAUUAACAACUGGAGGAGAAUGGCAGUACAGAGCUCUAUAUUUGGAUAAUAUCACAAACAGUUAUACUGUUGAAUGGCUAGGAGUUGUUGGUACCCCAGAGAAGAUUGAAAUAUCUUGGUUAGGAAAAUAUGGUAUAAGUUUGGGAUUCAAGUUCAGUGCAUGGGGCCCUAUCUCUAUUAACAUUGUUAGCCCAAAUAAGGAAUAUAUUCUAUCCCCAUCCAAUAGAACUGAUGGAGAAACAUCGUAUGAUUGCAAAUCAAACAUGGUGUACUUGAAAGUUGACUCGUAUUCAACAAUCUUCGUCCAAGAUGCUACAUAUGUUCCACCAGAGUUGGAUUGUAUUACUUUUGACAACUCACUGUGUGCAAAUUAUUCAAAUUGUGGAGGAGCAAAGAGAGGAAAAUGUGUUGGAUUGAAUGAUUGUGUUUGUAGAUGGGGCUGGAUGGGCGAUGACUGUUCUAAAUUCCAUUGUGCUCAUAAAGACUGGUGUUCAGAGCACGGAACCUGUGUUGGCCCAAAUAUCUGCAGUUGCUUCCCAGGUUUUGCAGGAGCAAAGUGCAACAAGAUUGAAGAGUUUGAACUUUUCAACAGAGUACUUGCCUUUGGGGAUAUCCACUUGAGAACUGUGGAUGGAAGAUUGCUUAAAUGUACUAAGGACUCCAAGACCUCUUGCAUGAAAGCUAUUUCAUUCCAAAGUGGAACUGAUACAGUUGAAGUUUCUUCAGAUGGAACGAAUGAUGUGGUAGUAUAUGUCAAUGGACAAGUUGUAGACCUCAAGGAAACUGUUGUUAAUGUUCAAGCAGUGGAAAAUAAUGCAACACUUGAAAUACCAAAAGAUUUACAAAACUUUUAUGAUCAAAUCAAAUAUCAAAGAGAUCCUGAUACUAAUGAAAUUCCACAAAUUCAACAAACUGCUCUCGCUUACAAACCACCUUCACAACCAGUCUAUGUAUUGAAUGGAGGUGCUACUAUUGUUGAAGAGAAGGAUCCAGUGAAUUCUUACAAGGUGAACGACACUUCCAUUCCAUUCAAAGUAAUUUUAAUCAAGUUUUCUGGAAUCUUUUCAGGCCAGCUCAGAUUGAAAAAUGAUGGAAUCAAGUGGCUUAGUGUCUCCUUCUCACCUGCAAAGGACACUAACUUUACAGGAACUGAAAAGGGAGGUUUAUAUGGAACACUAGAUGGUAAUGCAUCCAAUGAAUUUACUUUGAGGAAUGGUCUUGUAUUGAAUGAUCCAUCUGCCACAGAUAUUCAUAAACGAUUUGGAGAGAGCUGGAGAGUGCCACAAAGCGAAUCCUAUUUCAUUUAUACAGCAGAUGAAACGUACAACUCAAUUAACAUUGUCGAUUUUGAACCAGCUAUUUCUGCCACAUCCGAAAAUCAAACCUUGAACGAACUUGCUAAAAAGAUUUGCACAAAUCUUGGUUUAACUGGAACUUUCUAUCAGACUUGUUUGUUCGAUGUAAUUUCAACUGGUGACACUUCCUUUGCAAUGGCUAGUGCUAAUGCAGUUGCUGCUGAUGCAUGUGAAUCCAACCCAGCUUCCUGUGCAAAUGUUACCUGUCCAAAUCAUUGCAGUUUGAAUGGAAUUUGUUUGGAUGGUGUAUGUCAAUGUUUAUCAGGAUUUUUGGGAUCUGAUUGUUCUGUUGUGGAUGCAAACGCUCAAUUUGCCUCCAUUAUCAUAGGAGCAGUUAUUUCUGUUGUGGUUGUUUUGGUGAUUAUAUUGGUGGCAAUAUUUGUCUUAUUUUACAUAGGUACCAAGCUGAAGAAAGGUUGGGGUGAUAAACACAGAACAAUACCAAGCAUGGUUAGUAUUGUGCCCACACUUACUGGAAAAGAUGAAAUACCAAUGGAUCAUGGCAAUAUUGUAAUGGGUAAUCAACACUACGGAACAGUUUUAUUCCACAAGAAAACAAAUCAAAGAACUCAAAAUACUGCUUAA